GCUGAGCUCGCGAGAGAGAGCCGAGCCAACCCACUUCAGAGAUGGCCAGCUGCUUCGCGCAACAAAGCGCCGAGUGUCCGCUGCUGCGACUCCUGCAGAAGGCGAUCGACGUGUUGGCUAAUGGCAUCACCGAACUCUGCCGCCGCAUUCGCUCCGUCUUCAGACGCUGGCGGUGCGGCGCGUUCCCCGCCGACGUAUCCGGGCGUCGAGCCCCGUCGGGCCCCCUGCGCUGCUCCGUGGAGCUGCCGGAGCACGCGGAGGUGGCAUCGGCGAAGGCGGCCCUCGAGUCGUCGUGGGCGUCUCCGUGCCCGUCUGUCUCGGGCGAGGCGCCUUCCGCCACCGACUCCUGGGACGAAGAGGACUGGGACGCUCGCAGCUUUGUCAGCGCCGCCAGCUCCGUCGGGGGCGCCAUCUUCUGAGCUCCACCGCGCUAGGUGGGGCGGGAAGCGGCGCUGCUUCAGCGCGCAGGAGGUGGAGAAGCGGGUGAUGCGUCUGGCCGGAAACCGCCGCAGUCAGCUGGCGAAGGAGGUGCACGCAUUCGUGGCAGCCAUUCGGCGCAGGCCGCUGCUCCAGCCCGACGGCGACUGGAAGGCAGCCUUCAACGACACGCGCGACCAGAUGACCGCCACCAGGAACUACCUCGCCCGCAAGCUGGGCACGGGUGGCAGCGAGGAGGAGGAGGACGCGCUGGAGCGGUGCGUGCAGAAGCUGCUGUACGAGCCGGUGUUCAAGGAGCUGUACCACCGCGCCAUGCUGGGCCUGUGGAGGGAGAGCUGCGUGCGCGACAUGGCGCUCAUGGUGCGCCGGCACCGGCGCGUCGGCGUGUCGCCGGCCUGGCUGGGCGCGCCGCAGGUGUCGCCCGCCGCCGCGGAGCGCGUGCGCGCCACGCUGCUCAAGAUGCAGUCGGCGCGCCUGCCGUGCGACAAGCUGCACUUCCUCGCCACCGCAGCCGAGGACGCCACCAAGAUGGCAGAGGAGGAGAACGGAAUCAUCGUCAACUCUGAUAACUUGAUACCACUGAUCAGCUGGAUACUGAUGGAUAUCGGCAUGAUAUACGCCAUAAUCGAGGCAGAAAUGCUGCUGAAGCUUCUGCCACCAGAGAAGGCCCACGGAAAGGCCGGCUUCUACCUGACCAUUUUGUACUGCGCUUGUGUGUGCGUUAAGACGAGGCCGGACGAGCCCAGUCGUACAAUCAUCAGCACCGAAACCGCGACGGCGGCCAACAUCAACAGCUGCGAUGCAGCCGCCGUGUCGCUCUUCAACACCACCACUCGCGACGAAGCGGCGGAGGUCGGCGACGGCCGUGGGAGUGUCACGCCCUGCGACGAAAUCACCUCAGCUGUUCGGCCCCUCAGCGACGACGAUAUGCAGAAGCACGAGCCAGAUGCAGACAGUCUGCAGCGAGCCAGCGAGGGCUACUGUUCCGAUCGCGACCGCGACCGCUCUCCCGAGCCGGUCGAAGUCGCAAAGGUCGACAACGCUGACCACGACUCUUGUUUUGGAGACGACUGUCUGCUAUUCCAGUCGAAAACUUCGCUCAGCUCGUGGUCGUCGAUCGUGGAUCUGGACGCUGUAUCUGCCACCAAUGAUUCCGGGACAUGGAGUCUCUACAGGAGCGUCUCGAACCUCAGCACUGACUUCUCCGACGAAUCUCUGUACGAGUCUGACAUCGUAAACAAGAAAACAGCUCUGCUGGACAGCGCCGGCACGCUCUUCAGCGCCGUUCCGGUGUUACUGACUGCACCUUCGAUGAUUUAAAGACAGUAUGCUUGCAAAAUAUAGAUUCCAAGGUGUGUAACGACAUUGAAGAGAUAAUUUAAAUUAUACUACAAUACUUUUAAUUUAAUGAUAGAAUGGCGCGGUGCUCGCAAUUGUGAACCAAUUUGACUGUAUGUUUAAGCUUCGUGCUUGCAGUUCAGUAACUGUCUUGUGCAAAGUAUUUUAUGCAUCUUUGGAAAAAUCCGAUUACCCCAUUUGCGCCACUGUAAAAGUCUCCCACACAAUUCUGUUUUUCCUAAAAGUUUAAUUUCGGGUUUUUAGAAGACACUUAAAACUAUUAACAGCAAUAGAACGUUCAUAGUAGCUCGUAAAAGAAAUAAUGGCUACUACAUCUUUGAAAAGCUGUGAUAAUUUCCACUCAGGGGUAGAUUAGUGUUUCUACAACAUGUUCAGUCUAGCGACUUUAUACUCUAAUUUAAGAAUGUCUUUCGAUGUAAGAUUAUUCCAGAGUAAUUGAAGAGGAAGUACAAAAAUAAAUGUGCAGCAUAUUUAUUCGAUUAGUGUUAGUGUACUAGUUGUAGAAUAUUCGAAAAUUUAUGACAAAUUCCAGCUGGUGAUGCCAACAAAAUCAACAGGAAAAGACUAUCGUGAAGUAGGUGCUGGUCACUUUUUUCACGCCGUUGUCCAUGUAGUCGCCUUGGGAUAAUAUAAAAUGACAGGAAAUAACAAUCAUCAUAUUGGGGUCCUCGAUUUUUCGUUCUCUCAACAAUAUGAUAGAAGUAGAAGGGAAUUAUUCAUAAAGCUUACUCUUAAUCAGUUUGAUUCUGCUGAGAAAAGAGUAGCAUUUCACAGGUGACUUGUCAGUGGGACAAGAUUCUUUUUUCGUUCAAUACAGAAGUAUUUUGGACUUACCUGCCUUGUGCUGCAGUUUAUAGACAUGUUAAUAAGACGUUCAUAGCGCUCUAUGGUACUGUACUUGUCGUAUGUUUGUACGGUGUAAUUGCUUUUCUGCUGUUGUUACACGAACAAAUUUGUUGAAAUUGAAAUGGCUCUGAGCACUAUGGGACUCAACUGCUGAGGUCAUUAGUCCCCUAGAACUUAGAACUAGUUAAACCUAACUAACCUAAGGACAUCACAAACAUCCACGCCCGAGGCAGGAUUCGAACCUGCGACCGUAGCGGUCUUGCGGUUCCAGACUGCAGCGCCUUUAACCGCACGGCCACUUCGGCCGGCAACAAAUUUGUUGUUCUGUGACUUCAGAGGCUACAAGAAGUAAGCCGUUUGAUAUGCCUGGCCAUAUGAAACUUGAAACUUCUCUUGCUUGGCAAUGAAAAUUCAUUAUCCUAUGUCACGGAGACGUGAAAAAGGUCACUUAUAGUGAAUAUCAGUUCAAGAAAGUAACAGCUCCUAUUCCUUUUCUGCAGACAAGGUAUCUUCCCCUAAUUCACUGUUGAACUUCAUUCAGUGAGUUCAUAAAUUUCUGAUCUCAAAUCUACAACUAGAUUUUAAUUUUUAAUUAUUUUUAAAAUAAUGAGUGCUAGUAACUUGAGGACAACGCAACUUCGGCGCAAAUAACGGUAUACAAGAGUUGUACGUGAAGAUAAAUUUAACAGGUACAAAUCUUAUACGUAAAAACGUUUACUACGAGGGCUAUUCGGAAAGUAAGGUCCGAUAGGUCGGGAAAUGGAAACCACGGUAAAAAUCUAAAAUGUUUUAUUUGCAACAGUUAGAUACACCUUGCAGCUACUUAUCUCCAUAGUCGCCGAUCCGACUUAGACGUGUAUCGUAGCGUUGUACCAACUUUCCAAUACCCUCGCUAUAGAAGGCAGCCGCCAGUGCUUUCCGCCAAUUCUCUACGCUGGCCUACGGCUCGUUGUCUUGUGCCAAAAUGUUGUCUUCAUAGCCAGCGGUUCAUGUGAGCAGAGAUGAAACUCAGAGGAAGACAAUUACGGGCUGUAUUGUGGGUAGUCAAACAUUUCCAAUUGAAAACGAUGCAGGAGCAUCUUCAUUGCCCCUGCAGAAUGCGGCGGAGAAUGGUCUUGAAGAAGAAACAGCACGACAGAUAUGUAAUGUUAGCUGCAUAGCUUCAGGCGAAAUUUCUCACCAGGCCCUCGUACUUGGCGGCAGACACUAUUUUCUAGACAUCUUUACGCACUCACUGCGAGCUCAGAAAUGGGAAGAGCGACGUGAUGGUAACUGGGGUUAUACUAGAGACACUACCCAACACAUCUGUGCAAAGCUUUAUCGGAUUGUCAUAGUCGUUUCCAUUUCGCGACCGAUCGGACCGUACUUUCCGAAUAGCCCUCGUAUUUUAGUAUUUUGCUCACUGAUUGUUGCGUAGCCCUCAUAUGUACUUUAAAGACAAUAGCAGUUGUUUGUUGAUUAGACAUAGGUUAAAUGUUAGCCUAAUGAUAGUCAAAAUAUAAAAAGAUACUCAUUUAGCAGUAUGUUUUCUGUUUUGUGUUGACACUAACAGUGUUCUGAACCUACUCAGUACCGCAGUGUUUCUUGUUGUGUGCAUUAACUUAUUGUUUUGGUGCUACAAAGCUAAUUUAUUGAUAUUUAUGGAAGACUUCCUUCUGUGAAGAAGUCUACACUUUAUUUUCUAUUAAAUCCUUCUCUUUUGUACUGUCAAGUUUAGAUACUUCUGUAGUUGAUGCAAAAUAAAGCAGCUGCAAGAUA